AUCAGGAGUUUUAAAAAUUGGCUAAAUUGGCGUUUCCACGCUGCCCCGAAAUUGAUUGUUGAAAUUGCACAAUCUGGCCGAUGUGGAAACGAACCUUUUAGGAAAUUUUUAAAACUCUUGUAGCUUUGUUUAGAGCGCUUAUUGAAUUCACCAUUGUGAACAUAUUUUGGCAGAUAACGUUCUCUGAUGUUUUUGUAAAUAAAGUAAAUUAAUAAAAUUUUUGUAUAAAAAUGUCUAAUUUACUACGCUUCGUAGGCCAAACCAUUUGCCGCAAAGUAGCUCAAACAAAUCGCAGCAUAACAACCACCGCUCCGCUUUUGAUAAAAGAAAUUCAGGAGAAAAUAGAGAAAAAUGCACUUGUUCUACAGGCUGUCACAUUACCCUCACCACGUGCUGAACGUAUGGUAAAAGAAGCUUGUGGCACAGGCUUCUGUCCGGAGUGCACACUUGGCUUGGAUAUCAAACAUACAGAUGUGCUUAUAUUGUCCCAAUAUGUGCGCUCCGAUGGCUGUAUGCUACCGCGACGUAUUACAGGAUUAUGUCACAGGCAGCAGAAGCGUAUUGGCACAUUGGUCACUAUGGCUCAGAAGGCGGGUUUAAUGCCUAAUUUGGCGCCGGCAUGGAGUAAAAAGAAUCCAAAGAAACGUUUCGGCUGGCGAAAAUAUAACAAAUACUACCUUGAGGAGACUAUAAAGUACUAAAUUUAAG